AUGGAGCCACUCGGCCAGACCCAGCGGCCGCGUCCCUGGUGCCGGUGUCUCGCCGGGCUGCUGUUCCAGCUGCUGCUGGCCCUGUGUGUCUUCUCCUACCUACGAGUGUCUCGCGACAACCCCAGCGGCUCCUGGCUCUCAGGGCCCAACACCACGGUGGCACGCGCCUGCCAGGCCACGCCGGGGCCCCCCGCCCGCCGGCCCCUGGUGAUCCUGCUGUGGACCUGGCCCUUCCACGUACCCGUGGAGCUGCGCCGCUGCUCGGACCUGCGGCCCGGCACGGCCGACUGCCAGCUGACCGCCAACCGCAGCAUGUACCCCUGGGCGGACGCGGUGGUCGUGCACCACCGCGAGGUGAGCGCGCAGCCGCGAAAGCAGCUCCCGCAGGCCCCACGGCCGCCCGGGCAGCGCUGGGUGUGGUUCAGCCUGGAGUCCCCCAGCGCCUGCCGGCAGCUGCGCGCGCUGGACGGCUACUUCAACCUCACCAUGUCCUACCGCAGCGACUCGGACAUCUUCACGCCCUACGGCUGGCUCGAGCCCUGGUCCGGCGGGCCCACCGCCGCGCAGCUCAACCUCUCGGCCAAGACCGAGCUGGUGGCCUGGGUGGUGUCCAACUGGCAGAACGCGUCGGCGAGGGUGCGGUAUUACCAGCAGCUGCGCGCGCACCUGCCGGUACACGUGUUCGGGGCCUCGCACCAGCCGCUGCCCCGCGCCUCCAUGAUGGAGGUCCUGAGCCGCUACAAGUUCUACCUGGCCUUCGAGAACUCCCAGCACCCCGACUACAUCACGGAGAAGCUGUGGAGGAACGCACUGGGGGCCUGGGCCGUGCCCGUGGUGCUGGGCCCCCGCAGGAGCAGCUACGAGCGCUUCCUGCCGCCUGACGCCUUCAUCCACGUGGACGACUUCCCGAGCCCCCAGGCGCUGGCCCAGCACCUGCGGGCGCUGGACCGCGCGGCCCGCUACCUGGGCUACUUCCGCUGGCGGGAGACGCUGCGGCCCGGCACCAGGAGCUGGGCCCUGGACUACUGCAGGGCCUGCUGGCACCUGCAGGGGGAACACCGGUACCAGGUGGUGCCCAGCAUCGCCUCCUGGUUCACGUGA